CCAGGAGCUUUGCGUGGACCUCACAGACUAUCCCAACGUGGCCCAGAUCGAGGUCACCCAGUUGCAGCACCUGGUGGACGAAGCCGCUGACUUCGUGGCACGGCAAACGGCGGCCUUUCUGCAGCGGCUCUUGAUCCAGUACAGUGGCAUUCCUGACUUGGCAACCAGCUUCAAGCGUGCCAGUCGUGACAGCCAUGGUCUUUUGCACUUAGUGGAUUUGGGUCCAACGCCCAAAAAGGACGUGGGCGCUUGCUGGGUGAAGACUCUCUCCGCCAUCCCAGGCGUCACCAAGGAGGAGGUGCUCCAACGACUGCAGAUGACAGCUGGACAGGUCCGAGGGCUUCGGCCUUUGCCGCUGAGUGCAGCUUUGCUUCGCUUGGCCAACUUGCCCGAGCAGCUGAUCUUCGAUCUGCGUCACCGGAUCCUGUCUCGUCAUCACUCCAUGAGCCACAUCUUUGAGACCAUGGCACCGCACCUCCGUGGGCUGCAUGGCCAAGGCAAUCUUGCAAAGCUGAUCUUGGACGAUUUCCGGGGGAGUUUCCAGCAGGUCUUGGAUGAUGAUGGUGGUGAAGAUGAGGACGAAGCAAAGCUGACCACACUCUUUGCAGCGUGCGAUACACAUCAAGAUGGAGGGAUAGAUCAGGAGGAGCUGCAGCAGGCGCUUUCCAUCGCAGCACCGCCAGCGAACUUGUCACGGCUGCGGACCUUGGCCAUCCUCCAGUUUGGAAGUUGGAGGGCGGCCUUUCACAGCCUGGGCAUCGGUGUUGAGGAUCCCAUCACCGAGGCUCGUUUUGUGGCUCUUGCAUCGAAUCUGGAUAUCGCCUAUGAAGACGCCUGGGCGAUGUUCGCCACCUUAUCGCCCACGGGGGAGCCGGUGACGGUGCCCGAGCUCUCGCAGCACGGCAGCGACUUCGGGUUGCACGAAUUCGCGCUGCGCGUUUGGCUGGCCGGGGAGGCGGGAUCCACGUUGCAAGACGCUGCGAAGCGUUUGCACGCUCCCGCCUUCGAAGGAGACUUAGGCCUCCAGCGCUUCCGAGAGGUCUGCGGCUUGAGCGAGGAUGGAGCCGCCUCACUGAGCACAGCUUCAGCCUCUCUGGGAACCGCGUCCAAAGGAUUGUCGUCCUCCAAGCGAAUCCCCUCUGUGAAGUGUCAUCCUCCCUUGACGGAGAACGAGGUGACUGCGGCCUACGCCGAAUUCAAAGCCAAGUAUCACUCGGUGACUCUAGGUGCCAUCCGCUCGGAGCUGGAGAGCAACACCGCCUUCUCCAACGUCUUGGCCUUGGACCGCAGCUCCGCGAGCAUAGGAGAAACCAUGGUAGUGCGCUACCGGGUGCCUCAUGCACUACAAUCUCAACUGAGAGAACAUCCCUUCAUUGCACUGGUGCCCUCGAACAUGGCCUGGAUGUCAGGUGGCGGCGGCUGCUGGAUGAUCGGCCGCACCACGCCCGUCACCGAGAUGACCGGCCCCAAGUUCUCGCUGAACCGCAACGGCGAAGGUGUUUUGCGUCUCCAAGUCUGGCCGGGCGUGAGCCAUUUGGAGCUCGGCGCCGCCGACCUGCGCAUCUUCGCUUCGCCGGAUGGCAUGGCCAUCGGCCGGCAGGUCGGCUCCAGUGCCAUGUUUCAGCUGCGCCCGCCGGCGCCUGCGAAGAUCAUGAUCGAAGCUGCUUCCUUGACCCCGACCAGUACGCGGCUCUUGUGGGAGGCGCCCAAUCCACCCGUGAGUCGACCUGCUACAGAGUCACAGUUUCGCUAUGUGGUGCGUGGCAAAGCCAUGGGCUUGGAUAUCGAACAAGAAGCAGUUCUCCAGGAGCAGCAGGUGUGGUCGCAUCUGAAGAAGUCCACCUCGAAGUUCCUGAGCCAUCAGGUGCAUGGCCUUUUGCCUGGUGUCCGGUAUCAGUUCCAGGUGCACGCCUUUUCCAAGUCCAAGCGUGGGAGCUUCGUCGACAACUCGCCCCGUGCCGGCGGCAGCGCCGCGAUGGCGGCGGCGACUACUGCGGCGCCGGAGGGGUUGGAAUCCUUGGCCUCGCCGGGUGUCGAGGUCACCAUGCCGGAGCGCCCGGCCCCACCGCGGCCAAGCCACGCCAUCCUGGUGGAGCGAGGCCUCGGGGGAUCCUUCACCCUACGCUGGGCAGAGCAUGAGUCGGGCGGCGGUGGCCAGAACGCUUGGGGAUAUGAGGUCUUUUGGACGGUGCCGCAAGACGAUGAGGAGCCGGAAACGGCCCAGAAGCACGUGGACCAUGAGGACGCCUUUGCACCCGGCGAGAAGAGCCUCGUGUGGCGCUAUCCGGGGCCAGUCUUCUUCCGAAAGCCCGGGGACGGCACCGUGGAAGGACUUUUACAUCCUCCAGAAGCAGAUGCUGUCCCCCUUGAUGAGGUGAGCUUCUGCGUGCGCGCGGUGGACCCCUUCAGCAGCGGGGUGACCUCGCCUAUGGGCGACCUGGGACCAGCGGUGCCGUUGCCCAGCGCGGCGGAGGCGAUCCUCCGGGAGGCGGAGGCCAUGAAGCUCAUCGGAGAAGGAGCUGUGCGUGCCGGUGGCUUCAAGCGCUUUUUGGAGGAGGCAGAGGAUGCAGGCCUCAUUGGUACUGGGUCCUCCAGUGAGUUGGACUUGAGACGGGUGCUCUACAAGAAGGUCGAGGAAGCUGGUGGCUUGAAGGAGGUCAUUGAAGCGAUGACCGAUCUUCAGAUGAAAAGCUUUAAGGAUGCCUGCGAGAUCGUCAAGGCGAUCCAAGAGAGUACAGAGCUCACCUCCGAAGAGACACCCAGCUGGACGCAGGUCGUACGCCUGGUGGCGGAGGCCGGUGGCGCCAAGAGCUUCAGUAGGAGUUUGUCCAGCGUCGAGCUCAAGGAAGUGUUGGGAAACACUCAGCGCCUAGCAGCCCUGGGCAUUUUUCAAGGAAAGUCGGAGGAUCAUUCGUUGCGUGACGCCCUCUUCAACGAAGACACGGAGAAGCAGAUGCCGCAGCUCUUCAGCAAGAUCCAGGAGGCGCUCAGUGGGUUAGCCUUGGAUGAACGUCAAGUCGCCGACCUCUCCAAAGCUCUAGGGAUCAUGGCCCGCAGCGGCGGCAAGGUCAGCUGGACCGAUCUGGUGGAUGUCAUUGUGGAGCAAGAGGGCGGCCCCGCCCCCGUGCAGCCGUUGGUGAAGUACUGCGAAGGCCAUGCAAAAGAUUUGCACUCUGCGCUGAAGGGGAGUCUCAUGGACGCGGAAGGAAUGAUCAGCUUCCUGAAGACGGCAGGCGAAGCAGAGUUCAUCGGGCAUGCCGCUGAUGCCGCGGGGCGCGAGGACUUCCUCACCAGACUCUCUGAAGCUGGUGGAGCUUCAGUCCUUUAUUCCUCACUGAAAGAAAUUGAUUUGAAGGCCUUGUUGCCGGCCAUCAUGCCGGUGGCUCGCGCGGCCAAGCUCCAUCGAGAGUCCUGCCUGCAGGUUCCUGCCGGCAGCAUCAGUCGGGCCGAUGCAUGGCACAAACUCGUGGAGAUCGUGGAGACUAAAUGGGGCGGACCUCAGGCCUUCUUAGAGAAGAGCGGCGAACUCUAUGACAGCCAACGCGCCAGCGCACACGAACGGCGAGAGGGAUCUGAAUUUGACGCCUUGGUUCAAGAUACCGGAGGAAGGAUGGCGGUGUCGGAGCUCCUUCGAUGGACAGCGGAUGCUGGAGGGGGCGUCCAACGUUCGCCGCUCUUCAGCGCCGUUCACACCAUGCCGACCAGCGCCGUGUCCUCCAUGAGCCGCUCCCUGGCGCGGGAGCGCGAGUCGGGCGACUCUGAGUCCGAGGACGCCGACGCCAGGUCCUCGCUCAUGUGGUGCUGGAGGGCGAGGGCGCCGCACGGCUUUCACAUGCGCGAGGAGAGCGACGACCCCGAAAGUAACGGCUUCGCCGCCAGCGACGACGGCACCAGCGAAACAUCGGAUGAGCGGAUUUUGGACAUGGAGGGCAAGUUGUCGGAGUCCCAGGACGCAAGACAAGAGGCUGAGGAGCACCUGAAGCGCAUCGACGAUGCCUACAACAAGCGGCGCAAGGAGCUCGAAGAGAGCAUCAGCGAGCUCAAGGAACAGCUGGAAGAACAACACCAAGAGCUGGACCGCCUCGAAGCGGAAGAUGGCAAGAUGGUGAACUCCUUCCCUGGUCCCAGGUGCCUCAGAUGGGUGGAGGGCGAUGUCUUCACUGUGGCCUCCACUGCUGUCGUGCUCCUCAACGUCAUCAUCAUCGUCCGGGAGAUCUUGGACGAACCGUCAACAGCACGUUGGCCCUGGACGAACCACCACGGUACUCGUCCACCUUCGGAUAAAUUGGACAGGUUCCGACGCGUUUGCUUCGUGCUCGACCAGGCCUUCUUGGUUUUCUACCUGAUGGAGUUCACGCUUCGCGGUCUUUUGAUGCAACACAAGCUCCUUUGCGGCGAGUUGGGGGAAGUCAUUUGGAACUGGCUGGACCUCCUGAUCGUUGUG